AACCUUAAAUCAGGAUCCAAUUCAUGACACUAGAGAAGGACGUGUCAACUGUUUAACAGCUGACAAAAAAAUGUAACAGGAUGAGCACUAAACUUUCUUUAUUCCUUUAAACGUACUCUUUUUUCUUUCCCUAUUUUUUUGGUAGGAAAGAUUAAAAAAGAAAAACUGGGUUUGUAGUUUCUUCAUAAAGAUAGGUAUUGUAUUAUUAAAUCAUGGUUUUGUUGUUGAAUUUGGUGUAUUGGGCAAUUUGGUAGAACCCAACAGAAGAAUGUUUUUUUCCCCUUUUUUUGAGAAUUAAGGAUGAAAUAUAGGAUCAUCAGACACCUCUGAAAUCAACAACAACAAAAAAAAAGGUCGGAACUUGUGUAAAAAUCUCAUCUUUGUGCAAUAUUGGAUAGAAGAAAAGGGAGGAAAAAUGGGAAAGAAAAGGUCUUUGAAGAGCAAAGCUGUGCACUUUGUAACUGAUCUUACCACUGGACUUCUUAACCCCAUCUCUGAUAAAUCAUCUAAGCCUCCUGAAACUGUGAGUGAGCCAAAAAUAAGUCAAGUAGAGUCAAUUAACAAAGAGGAUGAUAGGGGGGAUCUUGUUGAUGGCCCCGAUACGUCUUCCUUUACCGCAUUCCUCUAUUCGUUAUUGUCUUCUUCGGAAUCAGGUCACAAUGUGAACCUUGAUGAGGAAGAUGAUCGAGAGGAAACUGGUGAUGGAUCCGACACAAAAACGAAAGAGAAUGGUGUAAGGAAAAGCUUACUUUCUAAAGGUAAGCAAUCAUUUAGAGCUCUUUACCAAGCUACUAGGAUAAUUGGAUACCGAAAUCAAGACAACAAGGUCGAUUCUGCCAAGAAAAGUGAUGAUGAUGAUGAUGAUAAGGCUGGUGCUAAAUUCGACGGACUUGAGAUGAGACAUAUGCAAAAUGUCGAGGAACAUUUGGAUUCUGAAGAUCUUCCGGAAACUUCUGAACCAUCAUUGCUUCUUACGGAGAAAACAAGAAAUGCCCUUUAUGGAUCACUUCCGGCUCUUGUUCAAGGGAGAAAGUGGUUAUUGCUCUACAGUACAUGGAGGCACGGUAUAUCACUGUCAACAUUGUAUAGAAGAAGCGUGCUCUGGCCCGGCCUCAGUUUACUGGUUGUUGGAGACCGUAAAGGUGCAGUGUUUGGUGGCCUGGUUGAGGCGCCCCUAAAACCGACUAAUAAGAAAUAUCAGGGAACAAAUAAUACCUUCGUUUUCACAAAUGGACCUGGUGGCCCGGUUAUAUACCGUCCAACAGGUGCGAAUCGAUAUUUCACUCUCUGUUCCACAGAAUUUCUAGCAAUGGGUGGUGGCGGCCAUUUUGCGCUCUAUCUAGAUGGUGAUCUUUUGAAUGGAUCUAGCUUGUUCUCCGAAACCUACGGAAAUCCCUGUCUUGCGUCCACUAAAGACUUCGAAGUAAAGGAGGUUGAGUUGUGGGGCUUCGUACACGGAUCAAAAUACGAGGAAAUACUUGCUUCAAGCAGAACAGAGAUGCCUGGAAUUUGCCGCUGGUAAAAAACUUCACACCGGCUGCUGGUUCUCAUGACGAUUUUUGUUCGGUACGAUCUUCUUUUGCUGUUUGCCGACUCAAUUAACGACCCGAAUGUGAAUAUUUCUUUCAAUUGUACAUUUCAUUAUACAUACUUGCCCAACCUUGUACAUACAAGUGCUUAUUCAUAUACUUCAUAAUGUUUUCUUUUUUGUUCACAAGCUAAAUGUUACUUGCAAUAUAUGGAUUAUAGGCAUUAUAUUUCGAGAUAUACGAGCAUUAGAAUGUUUUAACUUCACAA